GAGAAACGUCAGGAGAAACAUCAGGAGAAACAUCAGGAGAAACAGCAGGAGAAACAGCAGGAGAAACAGCAGGAGAAACAUCAGGAGAAACAGCGGGAGAAACAGCAGGAGAAACAUCUGGAGAAACAGCAGGAGAAACAGCAGGAGAAACAGCAGGAGAAACAUCAAGAGAAACAUCAAGAGAAACAGCAGGAGAAACAUCAGGAGAAACAGCAGGAGAAACAGCAGGAGAAACAUCAGGAGAAACAGCGGGAGAAACAGCAGGAGAAACAUCUGGAGAAACAGCAGGAGAAACAACAGGAGAAACAGCAGGAGAAACAUCAAGAGAAACGUCAGGAGAAACAUCAGGAGAAACAUCAGGAGAAACAGCAGGAGAAACAGCAGGAGAAACAGCAGGAGAAACAGCGGGAGAAACAGCAGGAGAAACAUCUGGAGAAACAUCAGGAGAAACAUCAAGAGAAACAUCAAGAAAACAGCAGGGGAAAUAGCAGAAUCAACAUCAGGAAAAACAGGUGAAACCGCAAUAGAAUGAGCAGGAGAAAGAGAAAAAGAAACAGCAGGAGAAAUAGGUGAAGCAGCAGGAGAAGCAAGGAAUAUGCCACAAUAAAAUGUUCAGUGCCUAGACAUGGUGGCAGAUCUGGCACUUCUGUCAAGACAGCCAAUGGCUGCUUGAUUUCGCCGCUCCUGCUAGGAAGCGCCUGCGUUGACGCUGGAGUAUAUUUUAGAAGAAUUAGAACCGUAAUCUAAGUAUUUAUGGCAGAGUUUUAGAAUUUAAAUUGUUUGGUGGAGGUGUGGAUGGGGGUCGCGGUGUUCCAACAUGGUGCAAUAAUCCUCUGAGGCCGCGGCCGACCGCCGACCGCAAGCUGCUGGCGUUGGAUUUCCAAUCAAUUAAUUGAGCGAUUUUAGAGGGCACUGAAGGCGUAUUUCUCGCUGUAUUUAUAAAAUGUGAUUGUUGUAUGGUAUUCACAUUCUCUACAUCUCUGAAUGAAGAAGAAACGUUCGUGAAAACCACGAAAUAUGAAUAUUUAUUUGGGAAUAAGUGUUUGCGUGAAUUAUAUGCGUCAGCGAACGCUUUACAGUUUCCUAUUAUUUUA